AUGCGUCUCCCGGUGCUUCUCUGUGUCUUGCUGUGUUUGUCUGCAGCACCGGGCCCGGUGGCCGGGGCGGACAGGAGCUGCACCGACCUGCGGCAGUUCUACACCGGGAAAGGGUUCACUCUGGCGGAGGUCCCCCUGACAGAGAUCUCCGGUGAACAUCUGAGGACGUGUCCUCAGGGUCCAACUUGUUGUACCAGCACCAUGGAGGAAAGCCUGGGCGGUCUGAGCGCCCAAGAGACCGAGGGACUGAUCAGAGAGGCCGGCAGGUCGCUGCAGUCUGCCUUCAACGCUCUCCAUAGGGGCUUCGACACCUAUUUCACUGAGCUGCAUGGCCGCUCUGAGCGCUCCCUCCAGGAGAUUCUGUCUCCCCUCGGUCCUCUGUACUCCCAAAACACUCGUCUCUACGGAGAUCUCUACACUGACCUGCGACAGUACUACCGGGGCUCCGCUCUCAACCUGGACGAGACCCUGACUGAGUUCUGGUCACAACUGCUGGAGCGCACCUUUAAAAUCUCCUCUCCCACAGAUGUCAGUCUGUCAGAGGACUACCUUGAAUGUGUUGCUAAGCAACAGGAGACGCUGCGGCCAUUUGGAGACGUCCCACGGGACAUGAAGGCAAAGCUGAUCCGGGCUUUUGUCACAGCCAGGUCGUUUGUCCAGGGGCUGAUAAUCAGCGGAGAGGUGGUCAGGAAGGUCUCACAGGUCCACCUGAGUCCAGAGUGCACAAAGGCCCUGAUGAAGCUGGUUUACUGCCCCAGAUGUCGCGGCAUGGCCUCGGUCAAACCCUGCUCCAACUACUGCUCCAACGUCAUGAAGGGCUGCCUGGCCAACCAGGCGGACCUGGACACCGAGUGGCGGAAUCUUAUAGACACCAUGAUCCAGGUGGCCUCUAGUUUCAGCACGGAGCCCAGUCUCGAUGUGGUUCUCUCCUCCAUCCCUGCUCGAAUCUACGAGGCUGUUCACUUCCUGCAGGAAAACAUGGACACUUUUACAGCAAAAGUGUACCAGACAUGCGGAACUCCAGGUGAACUAGGAACAGGAAGCCCAACUCUUCAUGAGCAGAGGAAGAAGAGCGGCUCUCUGACGGCAUCUGAGUACAAACCCUCUCCAACCGCUGGGCUCAGAUUGGAGAUGCAGGUGUCAGAUCUGUCCAGUAAGAUGAGGGAGAUGCGGCAGUACUGGACCCAGCUCCCUGUGGCACUUUGCAGCAAAUUGGCAGCAGGAGGUGCCGGGCAGGAUAAAUGCUGGAACGGCAUGACCAAAGCCAGGUACCUUCCAGAGGUGAUGGGUGACGGCUUGGCCAAUCAGAUCAACAACCCAGAAGUGGAGCUUGACAUCACAAAGCCAGACAUGACCAUCCGGCAGCAGAUCAUGCAACUCAAAAUCAUGAGCAACAGGCUGAAAAACGCCCUGGAUGGCAACGACGUGGACUUCCAGGAUGCAAGUGACGACAUCAGCGGCUCAGGAAGCGGGAUGUGUGUAGGUGGUCAUUGUUCUCGGAACAAACCGGGAUUGUACGCCUACCCGCCAGACAACAACCGAGUCAGAGGGGCAGCCGCAUCUCAAACCCGCCUCUGUGGCCUCCUACUCCUGCUCCCUUUGGCCAUCCUGCUACUUCAGCGAUGAUGGACCGCCGCUGCCUCCAAUCAGACUCUGAAGUCUAGAGGAGGGCUGAACGACGUGACGGACAAAAAUUGGGUUUUUUUUGGGUGGGGGGAAGAUUAGAACGUAACUUUGCCAAAAAAUGAAAAAGACAUUCUGGAGAAUGAGUGGACGACAUUGUCUUUGAGCAAGAUGAGCAAAACUUGACAGUGACAAUAUUCUUUUUAUUUAGUUUUGCUCAGUUUUGAUGUCGGUGAUGUUUGGGUGUGAUUCAGUUUGUUGAGCUGGUUUCAAUGGAUUGUUGGAAGAAGCUGGAGAUGAAGAAGGUGAUGAAGACAAAGAGAAUGAUGGCUGUGGAUGAUGAUGAAGAUAAUGAUGGUGAUAAUGAUUUUAUUGACACUCUAUCAGGUCCAUUCGGCUCCAGUUUCCAGUCAGGAGGUGGCAGAGCUCAGUGAAAAAAUGUUUAGUUCCCCAAUAUAUGUGGUGCGUUCAACAAGGCUUGUUUUUUUUAUGUUGUUUUUUAACUCAAGUCGAGGUUGUCUACAAACAUUGUGUAAGUUGUAAAUGUGUGUGUACAUUAGCUAAAAGACUGGCACUAUAUUGAGCCAUGAAUGUACAGUAUAAUACUAUAUUGGCAAUGAAUCCCCCUCAUAAUCUGUGAUGUGGUCGUCCAGAUGUUUUGGUGUGUGUUGGCAUAAACAGAUACAUUCAUUAGGGUUUAUUCAAAACAUUGCAGAUAAAUGAUCACAUUCCUGAAAUAUAUGAGAUGUUGUGAUUGCAAGAUUUCCCCUCAACUGGACCAUUUCAAAGGAAAAAAGGAAAUGACCACCUUUUUAACAAAUCAUCACCUCUGUAAAGAAACAAGCAGUGUCAUGAAAGCACUUGUAAACAAGCACAGACACGCAGUUUCCUUAAAUCCAUUCAUGAUGCCAGAGAGGACUCCUUGUUGAACGCACACCUGCAUUAAAUAACUUUAAACAACGUCCAAGCAUCACAGUCGCUGAUAUACAGUAGGUCAAACCAAAGCACUUGUUACACUGAAUACUUUUUUAUUUGUUUAUUUUUUUUUUUAAUCAGACAUUCCCCCGAGUGCGUUGAACAUUUCCUACCACACUUUCACGAUGUUUUGUAACUGCAUAUGUUUAAGAAGAAAAAUCAUCACAAAAAAAACCUAAUGUUUUGUACAAACAGUACAGGAUAUGUACAGAAUAUUGACGUCAUGAGUACAUUUGCCUGGUGAUACAUCAUUUACUCGGCAUGCCUUUCUUGCAGUCUACACUACUAUACCGGUACAUAUGGGACUCCUGAUUCAAGUCUCUUGCACAUACACACAUUUACACACACUGGGGUUGUGUAUUAAGCAGAUUUUUAUUCAUCGGUGUAUUUAAUCA